AUGGAGUUGAACGAAGCGGUCUCGUUGUGGUUAGCUUACCGUCGCUGGAAGAGACAGAAACGGAGGGAAAAUAGAAUGUAUUUAGUACAUCCAAUUCUUCAUGAUAGAAUGACCCAUAGUAUGUUUGAAACUUUGUAUCCAAAAUUAAGACAACAUGAGAAGAAAUUUUUUAACUACUUUCGUAUGUCCGUGAAAUCGUUUGAUGAUUUACUCUUAUUAAUUGGAGAAGAUUUAUUGCCACAUGUUGGAGCAUGUGGGAAGAGCAAUGAUUCAACGAUUUUUAAAAACUCCACAUUCUUCAAAAAACUCACGGAAAAAUCUUUGAACAUUCCGGGACCAAAACCAGUCUCAGAAAUUCGUACAACACGUUUACCUCAUGUUAUAGUUGGAGAUGAGGCAUUUAGCUUAUCAGAACAUAUUAUGCGACCAUAUUGCGGCAAGAAUUUAACCAAAGAAAAACGAAUAUUUAAUUACGGCCUCUCUAGAGCAAGACGUUAUAUUGAGUGUUGUUUUGGAAUCCUGGUAAACAAAUGGAGAAUAUUUCACAAACCACUCAAUGUACAUAUUGAAUUUGCGGAAAACAUAAUUAAAGCUUGUUGUGUUCUUCACAAUUACGUCAGGUUAAGAGAUGGAUACAGAUACGAAGACACAUUGUUCGAAACAGCUCUAGAUGGUCUGAGUACGACUACAAUUCGACCUGGUUCUGGUGAAGCUUAUGAGCAGUCUUUACCUGAAGAGUAUGAUCAUUCAGAUAACUUUUGUCUUGUGGGAAGCCCAGAAUCACUAGUUAGCCCUGUAGCUGACUUUGAACCAGAAGAUGCAAGCUUGGCCUGUAAAUUACCAAGUCACCUGACGGAUUUGCAUACCAUUGAGAAACUCACGACCUCUGGCGGUCCUUUGUUGCAUAGGAGUUCCUCACCUUCGCCCAGCUUACUCCAAUCUAGUAAUAUGAAUCUAACAGCUGCUCCGCAGCUUCGGUGCGAUACAUCAAAUAGUGACAAAGCUAAAAGGAGGCAAAACGCAUCCGUCGAUAACAUGGAAGGUGAAAAAGGUCUGGCUUUUGAGAAUUCGGAUGACAGCAUACAAGAUCCGGAUUUUGUAAAUUCAGAUAGUACUACUAGCACCGACAGCUAUGACAGACAUUUAGGUUCAGCUAAUGAGGAAAACGUGUCAGAACCGGCAAAGACAAAGAAGCGUCAGAGGAAUUGUAACGCUUCCUUUCCGCAAAAAGUCCAGAAAAGAUGGAAUGCAAUGAAGAUUCCAACUUUUCUGCACAAUCACAGAAAGGGGGUUACCAUUAGCUUCCGGUAG